AUGGGGGAAGAGAAGUACUAUUUAGCUGUGAUACUAGCACAAGCAAUAUAUGCUGGCAUGGUUUUGCUUACCAAAGCCACCUUUAAUGGUGGUAUGAACUGUUACAUCUUCACUUUCUAUCGUCAACUAGUUGGAACUGUUGUCUUAGUCCCUCUUGCUAUGGUUUUCGAAAGAAGAAAUGGAACACCACUUUCUGUUGUUACCUUCGGCAAGAUUUUCAUGCUUGCCUUCUUGGGGGUGACUCUUCCCCUUAAUGCUUCUAAUGUUGCACUUGCUUACACAACAGCAACAUUUGGUGCUGCUAUAUUGAACUGCCUCCCUGUUGCAAGUUUUUUCUUGGCUCUUCUCCCGCGGAUGGAGAAAUUAAACAUAAGGACAACAGCAGGGAUAGUGAAGGUUGCAGGACUAGGGGCGUGCAUGGCUGGUAUUGUGGCUCGAAUCUUGAAAAUUUAUCCAGAAAGGCUAAGGUUCACAACCCUACUAUGCCUUUCAAGUACUGGUCAGUGUUUUGUAUUUGCUAUUGCUUUGGAGAGAGAUCCUAGUGAAUGGAAGCUUAGUUGGAACAUUAAAUUACUCACAAUAGUUUACACAGUAAGCAAACAAGAGACCCUUCAUUACUUCUUUCAUUCAUAUAAUUUCAGUUUGUUAAGUGGAGAGGAGACAGCAGAAGUGUUUUAG